AUGGAGCACGGUGUCCCACAGGGAUCAGUUCUUGACCCCCUGCUAUGGGACAUCAUUGGUGGCCGAGGGGGAUGGCUGGAGGGAGGCCCGCCUCCGAGCGGAGGUGGCACUGGCGUCCAUGGUGGGGUCCAUUUAGGACCUGAGUCUGAGGGUGGCGCUCAGCAAGACAUGUUCCUUCAUGACGACAGUCGGAGGGUGCCGCUGGAGACUCGGGUCCUGGUGGACGGUGUCCACGUCCGGGUCGGGCCCACAAUCAAGUAUCUGGGCCUGACCUUGGACAGCCGAUGGAAUUUCAAAGCGCAUUUGGCGCCCCAGCUCAUGACCUCCGGCCGCAGCAUUCGCCUAAUGCACCAGGCGAUGCGGCCGGUGAUACUGAGAGCGAUUCGGGGGGUACGCGAGCUCCGCGAGGAGGGGGAGGGAUUAUCGGCCAGGGGCCUGGCGGCUUUGAGAUUCCAGAUCAAAGCCCGGGUCAUGGAGCAAUGGUCGGCCAUUCCGGCCGACCCCUCCGGAUUCGGGCUCCGAAGGGCCGAGGCUGUCCGCCCAUGUCUGUCCGAGGUGGCGGACAGGAGGAGACGUGGACUCUUCUUUCGGCUGAUGCAGGUGUUGACCGGGCACGGGUGCUUCGGUUGGUAUCUGCACCGGAUAGGAAAGGAACCCACUGCGAGAUGCCACCACUGCCCGGAGGGCGAGGACACGGUGCAGCAUACGUAG